ACAGCUUCAAGUUUUCGUGGUGUUUUCGUUUAGCAACUCGUUUCUUACUUUUUAUUUUAUAAUUAUGGCCGAAAAUAAGAGAAAGCGGUGUCAAAAUUUCACGUUUGAAGAAAAGGAUAAACUUGUAAAGUUAAUGAAUACACUUAAAAAUGUAAUAUUAAAUAAAACGACGGACGGUACAACAAAUCAAGCGAAGAAUGAAGCAUGUGCACAAGAUUUAAUUCCACAGGAACCACGGCUAGAAGUAAAGAAUCUCUUAUGAGAGUCUGGGAGAAAAUGAAGACUGAUGCGAAAUUAUACAAAGCACUCGGCAAAAGCAGUCACAAUGGCACAGGAGGUGGCCCAUCAUGUGUUAGGACAGAUAUAAUUCUGGAACAAGUCAGUGACUUGAUGGGGCGAGCACGUACAGGCAUAACUGAUGUCCAGGAUUCAGAUGCUGACCAAAUUACUGAAGACAGUACAUUACCAAUACUUGGUGAUGAGACAAUGGAAAUUUUAAUAUUUCAAAAUGAAAAUGUAAGUAUUUAUAGAAUUCUUUAUUAUGUAGGUAUAUUAACAUUAGAAACUGACUGACAAAUAGUCCAAAUGCCAUAGCAGAAAUCAGGGCAAUAAGUUUGUUACAUAUUAUAAUAUUAUAUAAAAGUAAGUUAGGUAUAUUAUUAUGUUUGUGAGUUAUUAUUUUAUCACAGUCUAAGGUGAUUUCUUUCCUACCAGUGGUUCAAUAGAGGGCUAGAUAGAGAAUCACUGCGGGACGACAAAGACAAGAUGAACUAAACUGGCAGAAUUUUCAAUACAAAAUUAUUUCUGUCAUUUGUAUAGGUGUCGACCCACUGUAUGAUUAUAUUAUAUUUACACUGUGAAUUUUAUAUUAGAAUUUGUUUUGUUACAACUUUAGUGCAAUACAAGAAAUGUGGAAAAUAUUGAAAUUAAGGAUGUUGGGAAUAAUAAUGAUAUUGCUCCAACACUGUCAUCACCAACAUCAUCUCAAUUUAUAAAGUCCACACUUAUAUGGAAAAAGCGACGACCAAUAAUUAAAGAAAAUAAGGAUAAAGCUGAAGUUGUUUCAACGCUAUGUGGAGGUUUUAAAGAUUUGAAUUCUAAAAAGAAUAUUGUGGGGGAUUUAAAAAUUAAAAUGUUAGAAGAAGAAAUAAAAUUUAAAAGAGAAUUGUACCAGCUGCAGUUAAAAACAGCUAGAAAGGAAUUGGAAAUUAAAACUGAAGUAUGCAGCCAACUAAAAAGUAUAUGUUUUAUUCAUUGGUGAAAUUACUAUAUAUAUUUUACAUAACAAAUUAAAUAUUUAUAAAUUAUCAAAAUAUUGGGUAAUUUGAUUUCGGCGAAAUCUAUAUGACAAAGAAGGUCUGUCAGAAAAUGCCAUAUUAUUUAUUUGUCCCCUUGUAAUUAGCUCUUCCAGGUUAGGCACAUCAUCAUUAUUCACAGGCUGCUGCUCAUUUCUUAAUAUGCAUAUAUUAUGCAAGAUAUAGCAAGCUAUAAUGACAUUAAUGGCAUUAUUUAAAGCUAAACGAAUUCCAACCGCAAGUACUGGAAACCUUCAUUUUAGCACACCAUAUUGCCGUUCCACCACAUUUCUUGUUCUAAUGUGGGCCUCAUUAUAUUUUCGUUCUCCACUUGUUGUAGGGUUGAAAUAAGGUGUCAAGAGAUGAGGCUAAAAAUAAAAAUGUUUUAAAGUAAUAUUGUAUAUAAUAAUGUAAUUUAUAUGAUGUAAAAUAUUUCUUUUCUAUUCCAGGUCAUACUUUAAACUUUCAAAAUGUAUCAGGAAUACCUAAAAUGGUUCUGCAAAUAGCUAGUUUAAGUAUGCUUUUUAAUUAAUUAAAUAUCCCUUGCCUAUGCAUAAUCUUUUUAUUAUAUAAUAACUAUUUAUUUAAUCAAUAUUUUGAGCUCUGUGAUGUUAUGAUGUUAUUCUUCUUGUUCGUAAUUUUUGUAUUUUUUUUUGUAACCUACAUAAGUUUUAAUAAAGAUUAUUAUUAUU